AGGUUUACAAAAUUCGUGACAAAAAAAAUAUUAUUUAUAAAUAAUCUUUAUGAACAUGUGAAAUAAUGUGAGUGAAAGAUUUCAGUAUAUCAUUUUAUAGUGUUUGAAGUGUAAAAGUUUAUAGAAGUUUAAGUGAGUUUAAAUAAAACUUCAUCAAUUAAAUUUUUCAAGCUCCAUUCUUAUUUGAAAGCUAAAAUCAAGUAACGUCCGCACGGAUGGCACGGAAUUAUUCAUAAUCAAUGGCAUAUUGUUAGCACCCGGCCAAGUAUUUCCUGGAAGUUAUGCUAGUCAAUCAUUCACCUGCGAUGUCUUGGCCUACAUAGCACUUUAUUAUUUAUAAAAAUUAAUUAUCAUUAUCAUCAUUAUUAUUAUUAUUAUUAAUAAUUAUUAUUAUAUUAUAAGCAUUAUUUUAAUUAUUUCUACUCAUCACUUGUUUAUUACCUAUUUAUAAAUGUAAAUAAUCUAAAAUUUCAGACACAUUUGUAGCGACUUAAGAACUUUCUAUUCAAAUCUUUAUUUUUUAUCUCUUAGAAUUUAUAAUCUUAUCUUCAGUCAAUUGUAGAUAUAUAUUCAUUUUCUUAAGCAUUUUGUUUGUUUGUACAUUUGUUGUAAAUAAUUAAUAAAUGUUAUUCCCAAAACUACUAAUGCGUCUUUGAUUUCGACAUCAUCUUCCUAUUGGCACCUCCAACUCAUCAAAGUUUUUCUAUCUCCUUCAGAUUCCUAUGAUCAGAUGUUCACCUUUGCAGAUGUUUACCUAUGAUCACAUGUUCUAUUUUUCUGUAUCCAUGCUAAAUUUGUUUUCAUAAAUUUAACAAGUACUUGAAGAAUGCUUCGAGAAUCUACUGUGUUCAUUUUUUAUUUUUAAGAACAUUUUUGAACAUUAUGUGCACAAUGUACCUUAGAUAUGAGUUUUAUAGUGAAGUAGCCAAUCAUUUUUUCAAUAACAGAGUUUAUUUGUGCGUGCAACUGUGUACUUGGAUGCAGAAUUACAUAUACUUCUAUUGUAUUGAUGUAUUCGGCUCAUUAAAUUGCACAUUAAUUGACUUUAUAUCCCUUACCAAACAAAAGGAUUCAAAAGAAUUGGGUAUUUGCAUGAUUUUGGUAUUCAUUAACUUUUGAUAUUUUUACAUUCUAUAUAAUUUUUUAAAAUUUUUGAAAAAAAAAUUUUUCGAUUUUGUUCUUAAAAAUUUAAAUAAUUUAAUAAAUAAAAAAAAGCUGAUAUUUAAAUGAAUAGGUAGCUCCAUCUCGUGUAUGUGACGUCACGAUGCUUAUUUUAUUUGAAAUUUUAAGCGCCAAUUUCUCUUGUAAGCACGUGGCAGGUGUAAACAGUUGUUGUGCUGAAUUGUACUUGAUUAAAAAAAGAUCUGGUAGUGUUGUUUAUAAUAAAAUAAAAGUAUUCAAUUACUCGAAAUGUCGUCAAAAAACAAUUUUUGUUGGUGUAUAGUUCCAACGUGUAGAAAUACUGGUAAAUCGACACCAGAAAAAAUUUUUAUUAAUGUUCCAUCGAAUUCUGUUAAACGGAAAAAUUGGUUAGAUGCAUGCAGGAAUGAAACUCAUCAUCAACUCGGCUUUAUUGUUGUGAAGAUCAUUUUGACGUAAGUAUUUAUUAAAAAUAAUUAAAAAUUUCUUUUAAUAAUUACAUAAAAUUAUAACCUAAAAUUGUGAUUUUCAACUCAUUUCAUGAAUUGAUGAUGAACUUUAUUCAUUUUAGCUUAAAGUGGAUUUGGAUAAUUGGUUAGAAUGGACAAUGGUUAGUGGUAACAAACGGAUGAGGAAUAAUAUUGUGCCUCAUAAAUUUAUUGAGCAAUCAAAAUCCUCAAGCAUGAAUGAUGCUCCUUCAAUGGAUGUAGAUCAACUAGGUACUGAAACAAUGAAUUUCAAUAUUGCCAAGUUACGGCUGGAUCAAAUCUCUGGAAGUAUAACGGAUAAUUUAAAUUCUGAGUGCACAAACCAAUUUAAUUUCAAUAUACAAGAAGAUUAUGAUAAGAACAGAUCCAAUAUCUGCGAUGACCGCCCUGCUAUUGGAAGUCAAAAACUGAAUGUUGGUGUCCAAGUCAAAAUAAAGAGUUUAUACAGGAGUGUAAAAGUUCAAUGUAAACCUGUGACUAAAGAUCGUCCAUCAUCUCCGAUUGAGCAGUUGAUAGAAAAUGAAAAUGCGCAUAAUUAUUGUUCUCAACCAACGAAUAAUGAUCCAUUAUCAAAUCCUUCACCUAAUACUACAAAUUUAUCUUCUAAUACAACUGCUAGUUCAUUCCCUACUUCAUCAGAUAAUUUCUUAACAACAAAUGGAAGUACAGAAAAUGAAUGGAAAAAUACAUUUCAACAAGAAGAAUUUCAGAAGCGUAAUUUAAAGCAAACACGAAAGAAUUCGGUUGUCACCUCGUAAAUACAUCGGGAUUCCGGAUGAUUGCUUGGAUAUUAUUGAUAUUUUACGUAUGGCUAAUUUAAGUGACAUUGAUAUAAUUAUUAAGUUAAAAAAAAUAAGAUUCGGCAAGAAUUAAACGUCAGUUGCCAAUAAGUUUUCGAAGCCGUUAUGCAGCAGUAGAAUCAAUCAUUGAUUGUUUAGAAAUUGAAAUUGAAAAGUCAACAGAUCCUGUCAAACAAUCAUUGACCUGGUCUGAAUACAAAAAAAUGUAAUACGGAUAGUUUCUCAAUCUGGAUACUUGGAUUGUUUGAAACCAGGCGCUGCUGUACUUGCUGAUAGAGGCUUCAAACACAUAGAAAAUUUUGUAGUUGAAAAAAAAUGUACAUUAAUUAGACCACCAA